GGAGUGUGAGGUGGAGCCAUGUAGGUUGGGACACUGAGCCUGGAUCUGCACGGCCUUGGGAGUGGGCCUUAUUGCAGAAGAGCCAAGAACCGCUGGACCACCAGAGCCCAGUAUGAUGGAAUAUGCAGUGGAGAUUAUCAUGCCGUGGAGAUACCCCUGUCCAAACUAAGGGGGCGAAGGGCUUGCAAACUAGAAAAUGCUAGAUCUGAGCAAAGCGAGAGGAGAGAACAAGGCCGGCAACACACAGAGCUCUGUGUAUUCAGAGGGAAGUUGGCAGGGUUGUGCCCGGGCAGAGAAACUCCGAGUGGUACAAAGGGACGUGCCCGGAGUGGAGAAAUCAUGCUAAUUGUCUGCACCAGAGCUGGAGAACGCCACCCAAAAUGAAGAGAGAAAGAGGAGCCUUGUCCAGAGCCUCCAGGGCCCUGCGCCUCGCUCCUUUUGUCUACCUGCUUCUCAUCCAUCCAGUCCCCCUGGAGGGGGUGAACAUCACCAGCCCAGUACGUCUGAUCCACGGCACGGUGGGGAAGUCCGCCCUGCUCUCUGUGCAGUACAGUAGCACCAGCAGCGACAAGCCUGUGGUGAAGUGGCAGCUGAAACGUGACAAGCCAGUGACUGUGGUGCAGUCUAUAGGCACAGAGGUCAUCGGCACUCUGCGGCCGGACUACCGAGACCGUAUCCGGCUCUUUGAAAAUGGCUCCUUGCUUCUCAGCGAUCUGCAGCUGGCGGAUGAGGGAACCUAUGAAGUGGAGAUCUCCAUCACUGACGAUACCUUCACAGGGGAGAAGACCAUCAAUCUCACCGUAGAUGUGCCCAUUUCAAAGCCACAUGUGUUAGUGGCUUCAACCACUGUGCUGGAGCUCAGUGAGGCCUUCACCCUCAACUGCUCCCACGAGAAUGGCACCAAGCCCAGCUACACCUGGCUGAAGGACGGCAAACCCCUCCUCAACGACUCCCGAAUGCUCCUGUCCCCUGACCAAAAGGUGCUCACCAUCACCCGAGUGCUCAUGGAGGAUGACGACCUGUACAGCUGUGUGGUGGAGAACCCUAUCAGCCAGGUCCGAAGCUUGCCUGUCAAGAUCACCGUGUAUAGAAGAAGCUCCCUCUAUAUCAUCUUGUCUACAGGAGGCAUCUUCCUCCUUGUGACCUUGGUGACAGUCUGUGCCUGCUGGAAACCCUCUAAAAAGUCUAGGAAGAAGAGGAAGUUGGAGAAGCAAAACUCCUUGGAAUACAUGGAUCAGAACGAUGACCGCCUAAAGUCAGAAGCAGACACCCUACCCCGAAGUGGAGAACAGGAGCGGAAGAACCCAAUGGCACUCUAUAUCCUGAAGGACAAAGACUCCCCGGAGCCGGAUGAGAACCCUGCAACAGAGCCUCGGAGCACGACAGAGCCUGGACCACCUGGCUACUCCGUGUCACCGCCCGUGCCGGGCCGCUCUCCGGGGCUGCCCAUCCGCUCAGCCCGCCGCUACCCACGCUCCCCAGCGCGCUCCCCCGCCACCGGCCGGACGCACACGUCACCGCCACGGGCCCCGAGCUCUCCCGGCCGCUCGCGCAGCGCCUCGCACACACUGCGGACUGCGGGCGUGCACAGAAUCCGCGAGCAGGACGAGACUGGGCAGGUGGAGAUCAGUGCCUGAGCUGCCUUGGGAGCCUGCUCCGGUUGCCCACGGUCUGCUGUCCGCAGCACGGGGGAGGUUGAGAAGUCCGGAUGCCGCUGGCCUAGGGCAAGGGCAGAUCGUGGUCUGAUCCCCGUUUAGGGUGCACACGUGUGUGAACUUGCACAAAUGGGUGAAACGCUGAUCUCGGUGUUAAACCCCGUUGCAUGUGUGCUGGGUUUACUGACUGUGUUCUCUGGCUGUGUUCUCAGUGGGUUUGAGCUGUGCCCUCUUAGGACUACAUAGAUUAUUAAAAGUCCAGGCCAAUCCCCUAAAGGGUUUUCUGGAAACUAACAUCUGUAAUUUUACCCAGUGAGACCAUCCUAUGAGCCCCCGGGGGAGAAUUUAUGCUUCCCAUGCACCUCCCAGCUCCCCAUGCCUCCAUCCCUAAUGUCUGAGGUACCUGCCACCCCGCCCCAGCCCAAAUUAGAGGCCAUUUACCCACAAACACAAGCUGUCCUUAACUAAAGACAAGUCUGAUGCUGGUUCCUGGGUGUAACAGAGGCCAUUCUGAGCACAAAGGAGUCAUUGUCUUAGAGUACCUUUUCUGGACACCCGGUUUCCCAUCCCUCCAAAUGGUGAGGGUGAAUCCCAUGUGCAUUCUUCCUAGAACC